AUGGAGACUUCACAUCACACACGCAAGGUGAACAGUAUUAAAGAGGACAAAGAACAGGAUGAGCACAAUGAAAAAGUUAACAGCAUCAGUGAAUCCAAAUCACGUGUGAGGUCAAUAAAGCCAAACGACGAAUUCGAACAACCACAUAGAAAAUCUCGUAAAAAACAUUACGAUUGGAUGAGACAUAAUUCUGUUACGUACUGUCCAAAGUUUUUAAAAGAUGACGACGUACAUCGGGAAACUUCUAGAGAUUGCCUUACGGAUAAAUCAUGUAUCUUCGAUUUUCCACGAGAAGACGAAACUUUAUUGAGGAGUAUCGCGGCAGCAAAGAAAAGAGAUAAGAUCGCAGAAGACGGUUAUUAUGCGUCAGUGCUUCAGCAGAGGAUGAAUUUUCGAAUACAUUUGAUCAGAAGGAUCAUAGGAUUGGAGGCGGAAAUGUACAUCGACGAUGCAGAAAGACGGAUUUCAGAAGACGAGGAUGUGAUCGACAGAUGGCUCACAAGAGAAGACAAAAAUCUCUUGAGAUAUUAUCACUACAUUCUUCACGACGUCGAUGAUACUCAUGCGGGCACCUUAGAUUCUGACACGAAAUAA